AUGCUGGCGGCGUUCCGCGGCACGCCGCCGCCGUCCAGCGGCACCACGGCCGUCAGCGGCACCUUCACCAUCGUCGGCACGUACUGCGUGCCCGGCGACAACUCCAAGGACACGCUGCAGGUCCUGGUGCACGGCAUCACGUACGGCCGCGACUACUGGGCGGGGCUGGGCUUCAGCGACGGUCUCAACUGGAAUGUAGCCGCCAACGCCGCCGGCUACGCCACGCUGGCCAUCGACCGCCUCGGCCACGGCGAUAACCCGCAGCGGCCCGACCCGCUGACCGUCGUGCAGCCCGAGAUGAACGUGCAGAUUCUCAACGCGCUGCUGACCGCCGUGCGCAGCAGCAGCAGCCCCACCAACGCCCUCGGCCACGGCUACUCCAAGGUCGUCUACGUCGGGCACUCGUACGGCUCGUUCCUGGGGUCGACCAUCGCGGGCCGGUUCCCCGAGGCGGCCGACGCCAUGGUGUUGACGGGCUUCGCGACGACGCGCAACUUCUCCGACGUGCUGACAGCCGACUGGACGGCCGCCGCGAACCACGCGCCCGCCGACGCGGACUUGCCGUUCGGCUACCUCACCCUCGGCGACGAGGCUGGCCGCACCGCCGUCUUCUACGGCGGCGCCUUCGACGCCGACUUGCCGCCGCUCGACUUCAACAUUGAGGACACCAUCACUGACGGGGAGGCCGCUGCGCUGACCAUUCUGCUAGACCCCGCGCCGGGGUUUACAAGCCCGCUGUUUAUUGCGACUGGUGUGCUGGACGUCUUUUUUUGCAAUGAUGGCGGCGUCCGGGCCUGCGAGGCCAACCUCGCCCAGUCGCGCCCGGAUUUCUUUCCCAAUGUGCCAGAGGCCAAGUUUAGCUUCUUCGCGCCGGAUAAUACCGGGCACGACAUCUCGCUGCACGACUCGGCGCCGCAGACGUUUGCGGCCGUGUUCGAUUUCCUGGAUGCCCAGCUGUGA